AAACAUCAAGAAGAAGAAGAAGAAGAAGAAGAAGAAGUAAUACAUGUCUGGAGCUGCCAUUUCCACAGAACAAAAACCACAACUCCCAUUUUUUCCUCUUUGAAACCAUUUCUGGGAAAGAGGCCAUGUCAGUUAAGCAGCUGGUCAUCGCCGUCGACGGCACGGCCGAGAUGGGUUUCUACUGGGCCCCUAUUCUCUCUGACUACCUCGUGAAAAUCAUCAGGUAUCUUUGUGGUCAAAAUUUGACAGGACAGGAGGCCUCUGGGGGAAGAGUUGAGCUCAGCCUAGUUAUGUACAACUCUCAUGGACCUUAUAGUGGUUUCUUAACACAGGAUAGUAGGACAACAAGGAGCAUGGGUACAUUCUUACAGUGGCUGUCUGCAAUAUCCUUCAGUGGGGAUGGUUAUGAUGACCUUGCAAUUGCAGAAGGACUAGCUGAUGCCUUGUUGAUGUUUCCAAGGCAUCCACAUGGAACCCAAACUCAACAACGUUUACUUGGACGGAGGCAUUGCAUUCUUGUAGCUGCUAGUAACCCCUUCCCUUUCCCCAUUCCUGUCCACCUCCCCAAAAUCCAAAAUUUGCAAGGCGCUCAAAUUUCUGGUGCAACCACUGAAUUUUCUCUCGCUGAUCCCAACAUGGUUGCUAAGUUAUUCACUCAGUGUUGUGUUUCUCUAUCAGUAAUUUCUCCAAAACAGCUUCCAAAACUUAGAGAGAUAUAUAAUUCGGCAAAUUCUAAUCUCCAAGGAGAAAAUUCUCUUGUUAAUGGUAUGAAUCCUCAGUUUCUUAUUCUAAUCUCCAAGAAUUUCCCAGAGGCUCAUGCUGCUCUAAAUGAGUACAAUGUAACAAGCACACCAUCGAUUCAAAACCCAGUCUAGAUGGAAAAAGAAUAUCAAUUGGCAUCUGCAGAUUUUGAUGACACAACAGAACAGUACUAACAGGCAUACAGCAUAGCUGGAUCGGAUGGUUAGAGGUCGACAUUCAUCCUGAUUCUUGACCCAUAUGUUUUGCAGGGUGAUUUUGAUAUGUUCAUGAAAGAAUAGUGAUUAGUUUCUUUGAAGGGGAACAUUAUUUCUACAUUUAAACUUCUGAACAAGCUCAUGGGGAAAAAUUUUUAAACUUCAUAGACAUUUUCACUUUGAAAUGCAGGUGGGGGAGGAAUGUCAUGUAAUUUUGUAAAAGUAAACUCUUAUUUAUAUAGCAUUGUUCUUAAUGAAAACCAUUUGUAUACUUCUGAGUGUUCGAAAAUUUAACUGUAUGAACCUCAACUUUAUUUGAUAUACUCAGUAACUUUUGACCCUCCAGUGAGAUGCAGGACA